CGACACGGAGUAGAUAGCCUCAGGCUACAGAAAUUUCACCUUAUUCCAGCAUCAGAGGAAAUGAGCGUUGGAAGACUGCUGAACUUGGUCUCACAUAUGUUCGAAUGGGUAUCUGCAUGGACGGUGUUUACUACUUGGUUGGCUAUCAUCCUUGCCACAGUUCUCAAGAUUAGGAGCUUUUGUGCGAAAAGCGCGGGUCCAAAAAACAAGGUUACGGCACCCGGUCCAGGGGGAGUGCCCAUACUUGGCUACCUUCCAUUCUUACAAAGCCCGUAUCAUGUCACUUUCAAGAAACUCAGCAAGCAGUAUGGACCCAUAAUAAAGCUUCGCCUUGGCUGCAAGGACGUGCUCGUUCUGAACGAUCUCACAUCCAUCAAGGAGGGACUUUCAAACCCAGACGUGUUAUAUCGGCCCACUGAUUUUAUAUUUCGUCAUCUUGGAAUAAAAGGUAUCGCUUCAAUCAACGGAGAACAAUGGCAGGUCAAUCGGCGGUACUGUUUUCACGUGUUGAGAGACCUGGGUUUUGCGAGAAAGUCCAUGGAGAAGCAUAUCCAAGAAGAGGUGCAGAGCUUUAUGGCUGUGCUCGCAUCAGGCAAGAAAGAGCCAAUGCUGGUGGCCCAUACGCUCGCAUCCAGUGUCGCUAACAACAUCACAGCUCUGGUUUUCGGCGAACGCUACGAACUGGGCGAUCCGAAGGGGCGACACGUCGAGAGAAUGCUGAGCAAGUUGCUGCGCGAAGCUCACUUCUUUUCCCUCACGGAUUUUCUGCCGGCACUUCGCUACGUGGCAGCGCACCUGCCAACCACACAGUUGUACGCCAUGAAGUCUGUACUGCAAGAGCUGAGCCGAUUUAUCAGCACGGUCAACUUCUACAGUGCAGCUACCAACACCGUGCGAAGCGCAGUCCUGUGGAACCUGUACAUAGCGGCCAGUGACCCGGACGGUCAGCAAUCACGAAUACAGAGCGAAAUCGACGCAGCGAUUGGACGCAAGACGGCCGCCCGCCUGGGAAGACAGGCGUCGGACGCCGUUUACAAUGGCGUGCAUUCUGGAGGCACUCCGCUGGAGGACUACGGCUCCACUAGGUCUGCAGAGGGCGUUACGGCAUGGUGCGGUAGCUGGCCGGUAAUUUUUGCUCUUGUGGCAAUCACUGUCGGUGGACUUCUCAGAGUGAAGGGUCUCACUUCAAGCGCGAGACAGAAGCGCAAGCGGUUGCCGCCAGGUCCGAAAGGCGUGCCGCUGCUGGGAUACCUCCCAUUCAUAUGGAAGCCAUACCACGUAGCUUUUAAGGAGAUCUCUGAGAAGUACUGGUCCGAUCAUCAGGACGCUAUCAUCACCGUUAACCAUGACUGCCCCUGUCCCUUCGCAAGCUGCCGUACUGGCAUGCCUCGGCAACUCGACCCACCAAUAUUUCGUGGAAACAAUGAACAUGACGUAGAGGACUGGAUCGUCGAGUACGAAAUCGUAGCUUCCAACAAAUGGGACGACUGCGACGAGCUCACGAACGUGGGCUUUUACUUCGCUGAUGUGGCCAGCCUCUGGUUCAAAAGCUAUGAAGUUCGCAUUAUAUCUAUUGAUGCUUUCUGCACCAUGUAUUACAAUUUUUCUUUCUACGCAGGUAUUGCUGGAAUAAACGGUGAAGCGUGGCUUGUGAACCGUAGGUACUGCUUCCACGUAUUGAGGGACCUGGGUUUCGCCAAGAAGGCUAUGGAGGAGCACAUUCGUGAAGAACUGGAAUGCUUCGUGAAUGUGAUCAAAUCGAAGAAAGGACAACCUAUGCUAAUAGCCGAUCCACUCGCUGCCAGUGUGGCCAACAACAUCUCAGCAUUAGUAUUUGGACGCCGCUAUGAUUUGGAAGAUCCCGAAGGCCGCUUCUUCGUUGGGCUGCUCAGCACCUUCCUUCGCCAUGCAAAGCUAUUCUGGGUCAUGGACUUCCUGCCUGCGCUGCGCGUGAUUUCUUCAUACAUCCCAGGCUCGAGACUGCGCAUCAUGAAGUAUGUUGCAGGGGAGCUUACAAAGCUUGUGAGAGCCGAAGUGCAGGAACGAGACGGCAACAUGGACAACUAUGCAAACAGAGAUUUUAUUGACGGAUAUUUGAGGAAGAUUCAGGAAUGCAAAGGAACCGAUUCCCAUUACACAACAAAGCACCUGGAAGGCAACGCGAUCAACUUCUAUGGUCCUGGAACUAACCCUGUGCGGACAGUGGCCAUGUGGAGUCUGUAUAUCGCUGCCAGCGACCCAGAGGGAAUGCAGGCUCGCGUGCAGCAGGAAAUCGACUCCGUCGUAGGUCGACGGAGGACGCCAGCAUGGGAGGACAGGGUGAACAUGCCGUAUACCAAGGCAUCCAUCCUGGAAACAAUGCGCUGGAGAACGCCUACGCCACUCAGUCUACAAAGAGCAGCAGCGUCCGACACAACCAUCGGGGGCUAUCACAUACCUGCUGGAACAUUGGUGGUACCGAACAUGUGGAGUCUUAACAACAACCCGAAGGAAUGGACUAACCCGUCUCGGUUCGACCCAACACGUUUCCUCACUGCUGACAGCAAGAAGGUGGACGAGAAACCAUUGUCCUUCAUUCCUUUUAGCGUAGGGAGAAGGGCGUGCCCGGGAGAAGCGCUGUCUCUCAUAGAAGUCUUUCUGUACCUCACCACCGUGCUGCAGAAAUUCAAGGUGCUACCCGAAGAAGGAAAAACGGUCUGCCUAGACGUCAAGCAUGGUCUCCUUUCGCUGGUAGACGAGACUCAACCAUUACGAUUCAUACCACGUUGAUCGAAGAAGCCUGUAGAACAACAUUGUGAAUUAUAAACCGCCGUCACCUACUUUACAUUCAACGCGGACAUGUGUUUAGCGUCAAGUAUUCUGAGUUACCCGAGUGUUCCCUUUGUUGAUAACAAUAUAAUAGGGGCUUUUAGUUGAC